CCAACCCCGACGGCGGGACCUUUGCCCAUGGACGAGGAGACGUACCUGGAACUCUACCUGGACCAGUGCGCCGUCCAGGAUGACCUUGUCCCACCCAGGUCUCCCCUGUUCAGCCCGGUUGUACCUUAUGUGUACACUCCUCAUCCAUCCAAUCCAGAGACUACGUUUAAUUCUCAUCAUGAAUCCAAAGAAACAUCUGGAGAUUUCUCAUCUGUGGAUCUUAGCUUCCUACCAGAUGAACUUACCCAAGAAAAUAAAGACCAAGCUGUCAUUAGAAGCAAGCAUGAAAUUGAAGAAAAUUGUGAAGCUCAAAGUCAACAAAGUAGGUUGCCAUUACCCAGUGGACAGGAUGUUGGGCCCAGCCUAGACAGCAGCAGUUUGUCCAAUUCCCAUUCUCAUCUGCACCUUGGUGAUGCUGACUCAAUCCAAUCCUCUCCUGAGAAACCAAACUCCAACUCCUUGCCUCUGGCGUCCAUAACUCCCAUGACACCGAUGACCCCUGUUUCAGAAUGUUGUGGAAUUGUGCCUCAACUACAGAAUAUAGUUUCCACUGUAAACCUGGCCUGUAAAUUGGAUCUGAAGAAAAUAGCUUUGCAUGCAAAAAAUGCAGAAUAUAACCCAAAGAGGUUUGCUGCUGUUAUAAUGAGGAUCCGUGAGCCCAGGACAACGGCCCUCAUAUUCAGCUCUGGGAAGAUGGUCUGCACGGGAGCCAAAAGUGAAGAGCAGUCUCGACUUGCAGCGAGAAAGUAUGCCCGCGUGGUGCAGAAGCUUGGCUUCCCUGCCAGAUUCCUCGAUUUUAAAAUUCAGAACAUGGUUGGAAGCUGUGAUGUGAGAUUCUCCAUCAGGCUGGAGGGCUUGGUGCUAACCCACCAGCAGUUCAGUAGUUAUGAACCUGAACUGUUUCCUGGCCUUAUUUAUAGAAUGGUAAAACCACGGAUUGUGUUGCUUAUCUUUGUAUCUGGAAAAGUUGUGUUGACAGGUGCCAAAGAACGUUCUGAGAUCUAUGAAGCAUUUGAAAACAUCUAUCCUAUUCUAAAAGGUUUUAGAAAAGCCUGAGUGUAUCAUUUGACACCUCACAUCAUACUGGUUUGAAAUAUGUGUAUAAGCCCAGCACAAACAGCUGGAUUCUUCUACCUUUAAUUGUAGAUGUUACAAGUAUAUCUUUGUUAAAGGAUAAUUCUGUGUAAGUAUGUCUAAGAAAUGAAGAAAACUUCUUACUCAAAAUGACUCUUGUAUGUUA